CAAAGUUCUACAUUGGAAAUCCACAUGAGGUCUGUGCUUCACCAGACAAAGGCAAGGGCUGCCAAGUUAGAACCAAGUGGUAACAUAAGUGGUGGCAAUAGUAUUGCUGCAAAUGUUAAUAGUCCUGGACAAGGGAUGUUAGAGUCGAUGAGCUUACCAGCAGUUAAUAGCAAAGAUACCCAUUUAGAUGCCAAAGAACUAAAUAAAAAGCAAGCUUCUGAAUUAAUCUCUGCGCAACCUCCACAUCACCCACCCCAGUCACCAGCACAACUUCAGAUGCAAUUACAGCAUGAGUUACAACAGCAAGCUGCAUUCUUUCAGCCUCAGUUUUUAAACCCAGCAUUUCUGCCUCAUUUCCCAAUGACGCCAGAAGCGCUGCUGCAGUUCCAACAGCCUCAGUUCCUUUUUCCAUUCUACAUCCCUGGGACAGAGUUCAGCUUAAGUCCAGAUCUGGGCUUGCCAGGCUCGGCCACAUUUGGUAUGCCGGGAAUGGCGGGGAUGGCGGGUUCCCUGCUCGAAGACUUGAAGCAGCAGAUUCAAACUCAGCAUCACGUAGGCCAAACCCAACUCCAGAUUUUACAGCAACAAGCACAACAAUACCAAGGUACCCAGCCCCAAAUUCAGUCUCAAAAGCAGCAGAAAGUACAGAAGAAGAACAAAGCUGGAGAAGGGGAGAAUACUGAUAAACUGGAAUGUGGGACAUGUGGUAAAUUAUUUUCCAAUGUUCUUAUUUUAAAGAGUCAUCAAGAACAUGUACAUGGCCAGUUUUUUCCCUACGGAGCUCUAGAAAAAUUUGCCCGUCAGUACAGAGAGGCCUAUGACAAGCUUUAUCCCAUUUCGCCUCCUUCUCCGGAGACUCCACCUCCACCACCCCCACCACCUCCCUUGCCUCCAGCCCCUUCCCAGUCUUCUUCUGUCCAGCUGCCUGUUUCUUUAGACCUUCCCCUUUUCCCUCCCAUUAUGAUGCAACCAGUCCAGCAUCCUGCACUGCCUCCUCAGCUUGCUCUUCAACUGCCACAAAUGGACACCCUUUCUGCAGAUCUCACUCAGCUGUGCCAACAGCAGCUUGGAUUAGAUCCAAAUUUCUUACGGCAUUCUCAGUUCAAGCGCCCACGGACAAGAAUCACAGAUGAUCAAUUAAAAAUCUUGCGGGCUUAUUUUGAUAUAAACAAUUCUCCAAGCGAAGAACAGAUUCAAGAAAUGGCAGAAAAAUCUGGUCUCUCCCAAAAAGUUAUCAAACACUGGUUUCGGAAUACGCUUUUUAAGGAACGGCAAAGAAAUAAGGAUUCACCGUACAAUUUCAGUAACCCUCCCAUAACUGUAUUGGAAGAUAUCAGAAUUGAUCCCCAGCCUACCACUCUAGAACAUUACAAAUCAGAUGCAUCUUUCAGUAAAAGGUCUUCUAGGACUAGGUUUACUGACUACCAGCUUAGAGUAUUACAAGACUUUUUUGACACAAAUGCUUAUCCAAAAGAUGAUGAAAUCGAGCAGCUUUCCACUGUCCUCAACCUACCUACUCGAGUGAUUGUUGUGUGGUUCCAGAAUGCCCGCCAGAAAGCUCGCAAGAGUUAUGAGAAUCAAGCAGAAACUAAAGAUAAUGAAAAGAGAGAACUCACAAAUGAGCGGUACAUAAGAACAAGCAACAUGCAAUACCAGUGUAAAAAGUGCAGUGUGGUUUUCCCCAGAAUUUUUGACUUGAUUACCCAUCAGAAAAAACAGUGUUAUAAAGAUGAAGAUGAUGACGCCCAAGAUGAAAGCCAAACUGAAGACUCUAUGGAUGCCACAGAUCAAAUGGUAUAUAAACAUUGCACGGUAUCUGGCCCAACAGACACUGCCAAAAACUCAGCUGUCACUGCAGCAAGUUCUGGUUCUGGGUCUAGUACUCCCCUAAUCCCUUCCCCUAAACCAGAGCCUGAAAAAACUUCUCCUAAACCUGAAUACCCCACAGAAAAGCCAAAGCAGAGCGACACCUCCCCUCCUUCUCAAAGCACCAAACCCAUGCUUCCCGUCACAACGCCAUCCUCAGAUCCACAGCCUUCUGCCUCUCAGUCACAGCCACCAAAACCAUCCCCGCUUAUUGGAAGACCCCCCUCUGCCUCACAAACGACACCUGUUCCUUCCAGCCCACUACCAAUCUCAAUGACUUCUCUCCAGAACAGUCUACCUCCACAGUUGCUACAAUACCAGUGCGAUCAGUGUACAGUUGCCUUUCCAACUCUGGAACUUUGGCAGGAGCACCAGCACAUGCAUUUCCUAGCAGCUCAAAACCAAUUUCUCCAUUCUCAAUUUUUAGAAAGGCCCAUGGAUAUGCCCUAUAUGAUAUUUGACCCCAACAAUCCACUGAUGACAGGACAGCUACUUACUGGUCCUUUAGCUCAGAUGCCACCACAGACAGGUUCAUCCCACACGACAGCCCCUGCAACUGUUUCUGGUUCACUGAAGAGAAAAAUGGAUGACAAAGAAGAUAACAAUUGUAGUGAAAAGGAGGGAGGAAAUAGCG